AUCCCAUGUUCCUUCCCACCACUUCCAGCUGUAGUUCAGGUUGGAUGAAGAGUCUGAACUUCUUCCAGGUGUCCCUUUAAAACAUUUAUUAUUUCUCCACUUGCUUCUCCCAAUGGAAGACCCCUGCUGGGAUUCCUUUUCUGCUGUUCAUGCUGAGCAGUUGCUUGGAGAGGUGGUGUGUGAGUGAAGAUACACCUGGUGAUGAUUCAAAUGUGGGAAUCGUCCCGGACGUGGUUGCUGCUGAUGCUCCCCUGGGAACAUGCCUUGAUAGGGAAUUAACACCAGUCAGUGAUGGGCUGCGGGACAAGCAAAGUGCUUCCCGAGCCCCCCAAAGAUGUGCAGCUAGACCUGGUUAAAAAAGUCGAACCUUACACGGGCCACAGUGACAUAUACAAGCAUUUCAUCAAAGAUGACUGCGGGGCUGUCAUCAAAGCUGGCUCUACCUCCCCUCCUCAUCACACCAACCCCUAUCCCGGGAACCCCCUGCCCACCCACCAGCCCGAGCCCCGCAAGAACAAAGUGGCCAAGUACCGCGCCAAGUUCGAUCCCCGAGUGACGGCCAAGUACGACAUCAAAGCGCUGAUCGGGAGGGGCAGCUUCAGCCGUGUGGUGCGGGUGGAGCACAAGGCCACCAAGCAGCCCUACGCCAUCAAGAUGAUCGAGACCAAGUACCGGGAGGGGCGGGAGGUGUGCGAGUCGGAGCUGAGCGUCCUGCGGCGCGUGCGCCACACCAACAUCAUCCAGCUCAUCGAGGUGUUCGAGACCCAGGACCGCGUGUACAUGGUCAUGGAGCUGGCCACCGGCGGUGAGCUCUUCGACCGCAUCAUCGCCAAGGGCUCCUUCACCGAGAGGGACGCCACGCGGGUGCUGCAGAUGGUGCUGGAUGGGGUGAGGUACCUGCACACUCUGGGCAUCACCCACCGGGACUUGAAGCCGGAGAACCUGCUGUACUACCACCCCGGAACGGAUUCCAAGAUCAUGAUCACGGACUUCGGGCUGGCGAGCGCGCGGAAGAAGGGAGAUGACUGCCUGAUGAAAACCACGUGUGGGACCCCGGAGUACAUUGCUCCCGAGAUCCUGGUCAGGAAGCCCUACACGAAUUCCGUGGACAUGUGGGCGCUGGGGGUGAUCUCGUACAUUCUCCUCAGUGGCACGAUGCCCUUUGAAGAUGACAACCGCACCCGCCUGUACCGGCAGAUCCUGAAGGGAAAGUACAGUUACUCAGGCGAGCCCUGGCCCAGUGUGUCCAACCUGGCCAAGGAUUUCAUCGACCGUCUGCUCACGGUGGAUCCCAGUGACAGGAUGACUGCCCUUCAGGCCCUGAAGCACCCGUGGGUGGUCAGCAUGGCAGCCUCCUCCUCCAUGAAGAACCUGCACCGUUCCAUCUCUCAAAACCUUCUCAAGAGGGCAUCCUCCCGCUGCCAGAGCACCAAGUCAGCUCAGUCCACCCGCUCCAGCCGCUCCACCAAAUCCAACAAAUCCCGGCGCGUGCGGGAGCGGGAGCUGCGGGAGCUCAACCUGCGCUACCAGCAGCAGUACACAGGCUGAGCACCUGCCCUGCCAGGGGUCUCCUCUGUGCUGCAGGUGUGCACACACCCUGUGAGGAACAGCCAGGUUCCUCCCUACCUCCCUCCAGGCUUUCCCACCAUCCAUGAGGAGGUGUCCCCUUCAGCCCGAGUGGAGGAAAGGGAACCUUGUGGUGGCCGUCACACCCUGCGAGCUGUGCCACAAACGGGGGGAGUCCUUGUGGGCUCAGAGCACAGCUCAGAGCCUCAAGGAAUGCAUGAAUUAAGGAGCCACGUGGGGAGAAGAGCUCUUUCUGUAGCCCGUGAGCUUGGUUGUUCAUAGUUAUUUAUUAAUUCCAGAGCGUUUAGUUUCUCUCACUUGUGUAUGGAAAAAAGAAGAAACCGCUUGGUGUGUCUGUGCAUGCACGUCCGUGUGUGCACGUACACAUGGGGGUGUAUAUGUAUUUAAAAAUUAUGUAUACACAGAUUUUGAGCUGGUUUAGUCAGACUCUCUGGUGCCUUUGCAGCAAAGCUGGAAUGAGUCAUGUGCAGUUAGAAGUGGGAUAGCUCUGACUCACUGGUGUGCUGCCCACCAGCUCCUCGCCAAAGAGAUGCCAGACAGCAGUUUUCCACGAGGGCUGGGAAGCUGUGAGGUUUCCCCCAAGGGCUGCCAUCCUCCUGAUGAUGUCAAGGGCUCACUUGCCUCAUGACAUCAAGGGUUUACCCCUGGAAUUAUCCUUACCCUGUUUGCAGCAAGACCAGUGCCUGUCAUGCAUGGUUUGUUGUUCUUGUGGCUCUGUUGUGUCUCUGACGUGUUACACACCUUGCACCCUUGAGAAGAAGAUUCAGAAGGUUGAGAUUUUUUUGCUAAGGGGAAAAAAGAGGGGGAAAGUUGUGGGGAUGUGCUUCCCACCCUAGAGCUGGGAUGGGCUGUAACCACUGUAAGCACAGUGUUAACAACCUUGUCACUGCACCAGAACUUUGAUGGUUCCAGGCUGCUCCCUGCCUGCAGAUUUGACAGGGCUCCCCUGCUUUGUGUGCCUGUGCUGCCCCAGCACUGCCAUUCCUGCUUUGGGACAGUGGGGGUGGUAGCUGUUGGGGUGGCCACCAAUGGCUCCAUAGCAUCAGGGUGGGGGCUUGAGUAGUGGAAGCCCAGUCUGGGAGUGUCAGCAGUGACAUUACCCUGGAGACAUUGUACAAAGGCCUUAGAGCUCUGAGGGGUGACUUAAGUUCACCAGGAAGAAUCUGCUUUUCAGGUGUCUUUGUGCCGUGUAGGUGAUGAAGUGGCCUCUUACAAAGGACUCUCAGGGGAGGUGGGGGCUGCAGAGAUGAGCUUUGUGCAAGCCUGCUGAGAUAUCUUCCCAACUAGUUAGAGCAGCAAAGUGGCUGAUGGCACAGGCACAGGAUGGAUUUUGCUGCUCAUGGUAGCAGAGACAAGAUCAGCAGUGAAGGAAAACGCUGGGGUUUGAAACUCUUCUUAUGAAGCCACACUAUUUGCUUUGUGUUGUGCACUUAGGAAGGGCUUGCUUGGCUCUGGGCUGGAGAUGCAGGCAGUCCAAGCUCAAGGGGCUGGUGAGCUUGGCCUUUUCCUAGGAUUGAUGCCUGGGCCACUGUGUUUCAGUGUCAGCAGGUCUGAAGUGGUCAGUCACACCUCUGGGGAGCACUCACAGUCUCUCCUAGUCAGCAAAUAGCAAAGCAGCUUUAGUGAGAGAAGAUUUGAGAUUUCUGUGCUAAGGCAAAGAAAAGGGGCAUUUCUGGGGGUGUGUUUCCCACCCCAAAGAUGGGAUGGGCUGUAAAUACAUGUAACCAAGCUGAUGUGCCAAGCAUGUGGUGGGGAUUACAGCAGAAGAAACUUGAGGACAGCCACUGUGUGUAGCAGGAGUGAAUUUGAAAUGCUUGUGUGGUUUUGCAUGUUUUUUUGAAAACCUCACAUCCUUUGCAGGCUGCCCUUUCUCUGAGCAACCUGGCCUACCAUGUCACAUGCAGUCUUUCUUCCAUCAGCAUUAACAGAUACUGCAGAAAACCCCAAAAUUUUUUUUUUUCAACUCUGGACUGCAAACAAAAACAUUUUCAGCAUCUUUUACCUCCUCAUGUUGUUUUUCCCUAGUUUGUUACCAUGAACUAUAAACUAGAUAUGAUUUCUGAAAAAGCAGGCAGUUUGCCACAUUUUGCUUCAUAAACAGUCCAGUGCCCCUCGUGGUACUGCAAAGAGCUUUCCAGAAGCAGGAGCCCCUCUAAGGCUAGUGUCAAGUGGACUGUGGGGGCCCUGCAGGUCAGGUGGUGGCAGGAGGCUUCCUCGGAGCACUUCUGGUUCUGAGCCAUUACUUGAAGAUGCUUUGGUGUGUUUGGAGCAUCACUGCAGGCACUGUGAUUGCUUUUACCUCCUGGCUGCUCCCAUGGCCCUCCCCCAGGCUAUCUUGCAUGUCUGUCCAUAAAACAGGGAUUUUGCCUGCAUGAAGGGGUCAGACUGAUGAACUGAGCCAAGACCUCUAGAACUGAGACCUUUCCCCUUAACCACUAAACCAUCAAAAUGCACAGGCAUCAUGCAGAUGUCUGCCCAUGCUGUUCCUUUUCCUUUCUCUUACGGGAUGAGGAAUACAUACAGCUCUGGGCUAACCAGGCUUGUUUCUCCACCUUCCAAAGCAGAACAAGAAUCUCAUCUGUGACAAUUUUUGCUUCGUUGAUCUUUUCCAUAACUGUUUUUUCACCAGGAAAAGUUCGGAGCGAUUUUUUUGUGGUUACUUUGGGCUGGAAUAUGUCUGGGAAAGUGGGAGGUCACUGUGUAGGUUCCUGACAGUGUCAGGUUUUGGUGGUGAUGCUCUGUGACUAGGGCUGAAUUGGCAGAAGGGAGGAUCCAUCACAUACAUGAAAAUACUGGAUAGCUGCAACUGUCUCUCCAAGGUGUCUGUGGUCCUCAGGCACUCCACUGCUUGGGAAUUGCAGGAAGAGGACCAAGGCCAUCCCAUAAAGAGCUUUGGCUUUUCCAAGCCUUUCCAAGCCUCUUAAUUCUUUUCAGAAAUGUAAUGUUUUAUUGUUUGCAUGGAAAAAUCAGUGUUAACUUGGGAAAAUCUUCACAGGCUUUCCUUCUGUCAUUCAAUUUUAACUCUCUUGGCUUACUCUCUCUUCUUUUUCUGACUCCAGUAUUUUUGGGAACUUUGCAGCCAAUGACAUGUGGCAGAGGGGAGAUGAGUAGAGCUGUCCAAGUCACCCUGGUGUCCUCAGUGAUCUUUCACUCAGUCUGGAGAACUGUGAUGGUCCACAUGCCACGUUGGAAGGUCCAGCUCAAGAAAAUUCCUCAGGUGUUUUUAUUCUUGCAAGUGGGACACGUUUUCAGUUGGGUCUGGUGUGGAGGGGGACAGACAAAGUGCUGUAAUUCUGAGCCAUAGUCCAGGUGCCUUCAAUCUGUCCUCUUAAGAAGCUCUUCACUGUGAAUUACCUUAAUCAUCUGUCUUCAUUCCACAGGAGCAGCUCAGUGCUCAGUUGGUCUUAAGUCUCAGGAGUUUGCACUUUUCAGGAGUGCCUUUUUGGGGGAUUUUAAAAACUAAAAUCUCUCUGCAAAGGUUUUUUUCUACUCUUUCAUUUAUUUUUUUAAUGUCCUUCUUUGACUCUUAAUGGUGGUUUUUAAUUUGGCUCUCAGAGUGUUUUUUGGAAACUUUCCUCUGGUCCUGAAUGUGCAGGGAGGACAGAGGUAACACCUGCCAGUUCCAGACUACCACUCUGGGGUGCUAAUCUGAGUGCUUCUGUUCAGCCUGCUUUGGUUCACGCAGGGGAAGUGGAGCUGGAAUGACACCUAGUGGCAAAUUCUGGUGUGUCCUUGUUCAAGCACAGCCCUCUCCUCUGUUUCUGGGUGUGAUGCUCUUUGAGGAGUAAAGGGAAUUAGGGUGGUUUGUCUUUUGGAACUUAGCAGUACUGUGUAAAACAAUCCCAUCUUUUCGAUCUGGGAGUUCAGUUCUCUUGGGAGACAGAAUUACAGCUUCAAAGAAUGUGGCCUGUUGGUUCCUUGAUUUUCUUGUUUUUGUUGAGGGUUAUUGGAAAAGAAUGUGAAAAAGUCUUCCAGAAAUUGCAUUGGGGGUCUAAAGAUUCACACCCAGGUUUUUGAGUGUGUAGUGUAUUUUCCUGAAACAGCAGUUACGAGACCGUGUUUGAUUUACUUCUCACUCAGGCUUCUAAAAAAUCUUAACACAUCAACCCAGUGGGGGUAGAAACUGUCCUUCCUUUGAUCCUGAAGAAGUCUGUGCUGUUUAACACUGCAGUUGUGAUAGCAUCCAAAUGCUCCUUCUCAGUGUUGUUCUUGGAAGCACACAGCUGUACGUGAAGGAGAGCUUGAGAGCCGUGCGAGGAGCUUGAGCUCAGACCUGCUGGCUUUGGUAGUGAUGUGGAAACCAGCUGCUGUGUAGGGCCUGCUUCACGUGUUUGUUCUGGACCUGAUAAACCCUCACACUCUUCUUUGGAAUCUGGGUACUUUCCUCUUUUAGGCCAGAUAUUUUCUGUUCUGGUAAUUUACACAGUUUCUGAGGCCCUGCUCCCUCUCUCGGUCUUGUUUUCUACCCGGGUGUUUGGCUGCAGUACUAAGAGAGUCAACUUUUAUCUGAUGCACAAACUGGAAUAGGAAUGAUGGUUCACUUGGCUGCUAGGCAGCAGUUCUGGGUUUGGCUCUACAGGAGCUGUGGUGAGACUUGGGGCAAGUUAAAAGCUUCUGUAUGGUGUCUUUGAGGAUCUGCAGUGCAGGCUCAGCUCAGUCGUGUACCACAUAGGGUAACUGCUGUGUGGCUGUUACAAUCUUCUAAUUAGGCUGUGUGGGGCCAUAUUGUUUUAAGUAAUGAUAGUAAAGAUUUGGGGGGUUUGAGGUGGGAUAAAUUAAAAUCUCAGUUGUUUGACCAAAUUUAGUUUUCUAAAUGAUGCAAAGCAGCACAGCAAUGGAAGACAUUGGCUUCUUUGGCACCAGUGUGAGCCCUAGAAUUUGCAGGGAGGGUGGUUGUGUCCAGGCCUCUCACCCACUCAGCUUUCUCCUGGAAAGUGUCACAAAGUGCCUGUACCACUCAUUGCCUGUACCCAGCCCCAAGUUGCCUUCACCACUCUUUGGAGGGUUUUGGUGCUUUUCUUGACCACUCAGUCUCCUCUUUCACCCUGGAUUAAGCGUGCAGCACUCCAAGGCAGGUGCCUGCAUGUCAGCUGUGCCUUACUGUGCAGGAAACUUCCCAAAGAAGUAAAUGUGAACACCAGGGAUGUGCGGUGGUAAGCGGCAUCAUGGAGCUCAGCGCCUUCCGCCCUCGGUGUUCCGAGGGCAGCGGGAGCUCUGCCUGGUGACAAUUGUCCCUUCUCCCACCGUCCCCCCCUCCUGGUGACACUGUAAAUCCCUCGUGUGUGAUGGGCGAGCUCUGGCUGCUGUUGCAGCGAUCGUUGCACUGUUUGCUGAAUGUGGAAUCGCUGCGUGGAGCAGAUGCACCCCAGCGAGGUGUGUUACAGACCAGCAGCUCCUGCACGGAUGCCCAGAUGUUGUGAGCUUUCCUGUUGCCUUUCACUACGGAAAGACGCCUCCCGGGAAGCCCUUGGGAUCGGGGAUCUUCCGGCACUUGAUGUUAUUUUUGGUUGCCCAGUUUCCGGUGCUGGGUUGGAACAGUUUGCAAGCGACUCCGGUCUCAUCCAGUCGGUCUCCUCAAGGGACUGUCUUGAGAAGUGUCCCAGUCCAUGCUGUGCCUUUUGAGUCCUGGCUUUACUCGAAGGACUGUCCUGUCAGAUGAGGUGGGACCCAUUGUAAUUAGUCUGUAAUGUUCAAGUUAGAGUGUACAGAAUUAUUUAUUUGGUGUACUCAGUCUGCUAAAACAUGUCCAUGUAUUCUGUGUA